UCCAGCACCCACAAACUCUUCAAUGUUCGUCAUCCAGUUUCAGCAAGCAACACAAGCGACACCUGUUACGACGGUGAUAAAUGCUCCGGUGCCUGUUUAUGCACAACACGGGGCUGGAGUUUCACCUCUUCAUGGACUUCAGGCGUUUCUGAAAGGCCAGCCGAAAGCUCUUGGGACGGUACAGAUAAUGAUCGGUGUGCUGACUCUCCUGUUUGGCAUUGUGUCUACAGUUCAUGCACAACUGGUCUUUGUCAUUAUUGGUGUUCCUUACUGGGGAUCUCUCAUCUACAUUACUGCAGGCGCACUCUGCAUUGCUGCAGAAAAUAACAUUCAUUCACCCUCCGGUUUGUGUUUGGUGAAUGCUUCACUUGGAAUGAACAUUUUCAGCACUUUAACCGCAUGCAUCUCCAUUAUUUUUAUUUCACUGGAUUUGGUUAUAGAGCCAUACACUUUCUGCACCAAUCAAGACUGUAAUGUAUUAGUGAGAAUGUAUAAGACGCUCUUCAGUGGAAUCAGAGUCGUGCUGCUGUUAUUCGCCGUGCUUGAGUUUAUCAUCUCCAUCUGUCUGUCAGUAUUUGCCUGUAAAACCAAAGCCUGCUGUUGUCCUCCUCAGAAACGAGACGGGGACAUUUAUCAGGUACUGUGCUGUUAUUGUGCUCCGUUGUGA